GUCACUGAGCCGCGGACCGGGUGACGGAGGCAGCGCCAUGUCAGCGGCGUUGUUUGGCUCCUGGUCCCGCCUGGGCGGGAGUGGGGCCCGCCCCUCCGUAGCCAGCCGGGUCGUCAGGGUCGGCCCGGUGAACCACGCUCCUCCCUGGCCCCACACCGACUCAGGCCUCAGCAUUUCCUCCAUCACCAACAUUCUCUUGUUCUUUGUGGACCUCCUUGUUGUGGGAAACUGAGCAAGAGCCUGCUGUUAUAAGUGCUUGAAACUGCGGUACAGACCUGCGUGAGCCAGUAUUGGGCUGCUCUGCUGGGCCUAGGUCUAUUGUUCAUGCUGCUACUGUAUGUGGGACUACCUGGCCCCCCUGAGCAAACUUCCUGGCUCUUGAGAGAACCCAAUGUCACAAUCCUGGUUGGUCUUACCCCAGGAAACUCUCCCGUUUUUUACCGUGAGGUGCUUCCACUCCACCGGACACACAGGGUGGAGGUGGUGCUGCUUCAUGGAAAGGCCUUUAACUCCCACACGUGGGAACAGCUGGGCACACUGCAGCUACUGUCGCAGAGGGGCUACCGGGCUGUGGCCUUUGACCUUCCAGCUCACCACGCUCAGAGCCAUGACCAGCAAGGAUCCUGAAUCCGAGCACCCGUCUGUGACGCUGUUCCGCCAGUAUCUGCGCAUCCUCACUGUCCACCCCAAUCCUGACUAUGGGCCUGCUGUGGCCUUCUUUGAGGAGAGAGCCCAUCAGAUGGGCCUGAGCUGUCAGAAAGUGGAGGUGACACCUGGCUAUGUGGUCACUGUGCUAACUUGGCCAGGCACUAACCCUACACUCUCCUCCAUCUUGCUCAACUCCCACAUGGAUGUGGUACCUGUCUUCAAGGAACAUUGGAGUCAUGACCCCUUUGAGGCAUUCAAGGAUUCUGAGGGCUACAUCUAUGCCAGGGGCACCCAGGACAUGAAGAGUGUCAGCAUUCAGUACCUGGAAGCUGUGAGAAGGCUGAAGGUCGAGGGCCACCGUUUUCCUAGAACCAUCCACUUGACCUUUGUGCCUGAUGAGGAGAUUGGGGGUCACAAAGGCAUGGAGCUGUUUGUACAGCGACCUGAGUUCCAGGCCCUGAGGGUGGGAUUCGCCCUGGAUGAGGGCCUGGCCAACCCCACUGAUGCCUUCACUGUCUUUUAUAGUGAGCGGAGCCUCUGGUGGGUGCGGUUUACCAGCAGUGGGAAGCCAGGCCAUGGGUCACGCUUCAUUGAGGACACAGCAGCAGAGAAGUUGCACAAGGUUGUGAGCUCCAUCUUGGCAUUUAGAGAGAAGGAGAGGCAGAGGCUGCAGUCAAACCCUCACCUGAAAGAGGGGGCCGUAACUUGCGUGAACCUGACUAAGCUAGAGGGUGGUGUGGCUUAUAAUGUGGUACCUGCCACUAUGAGCGCCAGCUUUGACUUCCGUUUGGCACCGGAUGUGGACCUGCAGGCUUUUGAGAAGCAGCUGCAGAGCUGGUGCCAGGCGGCUGGUGAGGGUGUCACCUUCGAGUUUGUUCAGAGGUGGAUGAAGCCCCGAGUGACACCUACUGAUGAUGCAAACCCCUGGUGGGCAGCUUUUAACCGGGCCUGCAAGGACAUGAACCUCACUCUGGAACCUGAGAUCUUCCCUGCUGCCACUGAUAGCCGCUAUCUCCGUGCGGUGGGGAUCCCAGCUCUGGGCUUCUCACCCAUGAACCAUACACCUGUGCUGCUGCAUGACCAUGAUGAGCGGUUGCAUGAGACGGUGUUCCUCCGUGGGAUUGACAUAUACACACGCUUGCUAUCUGUUUUGGCCAGUGUGCCUGCCCUGCCCAAUGAAAACUGAGCCCUAUACCCUUCAGUCUGCCCCAGAGCUGUCAUCCCAACCAGUACCAAGGACCUCCUCUUCCUCUGACCAGUAAUGUAGUCUGUAUGGACAAAGGCUGCCUCUGAACUACUAACACUGCACACGUUCAUGGAAAAGGGAGUCUUUCAUUACUCUGGGGACAUGCUGUUACCAACCAAUUCCUCAGAUGAGGAAACAGCCUGGCUCUGGGCCCUUCCCUACUACCCCACACUGCUCUGUGCCCUUAGGACAUAACACACUGUCCAGUACCUCUCAGCUACAUCUGCCUAGCAACAAGGGGCCAUAGUUCCUGUUCUCAGUGACCACCACACUUCUGACCUGAGGUCAGGGAUACUGUUCCCAUCAAAAAGGGACAAGUGUAACGCCAGCAAUUCAGGAAGCCGAGUCAGAAGGAUCUCAAGUUUAGGCUCGGGCUUAGCAAGACCAUUUCAAAACACUGGAUCCCUUGUCAGAAUCCAAUUUGACAUAACUAAAGCCACCUUGGUCAUAACCACUUGCCUGCCAAACAACCCUGCUACACACUCCAAACUCUACAGGAUAAAUCAAGCUAUUAAGGUAGUCAGCUAGCUUAACUGUCAUUUGACAUAUUAAGUUUUUGUUGCCCCCCCCACACACACACACUUCUUUUUGAGAAAGCCCAGGCAUAUCCCAAUUGGCUGUGGGGCUACCUUUGUUUAGCAUAUCCACCCCUUCCUCCUGCCUCAGGGUACAGGGACCCUCCUGUUGCUGCCCAAGACAUGCUUCUUUCCUUAGCCCUAAUAAACUGCAUUUUGUGCAAUCCUG